UACUUAAAUACUAUAUAAAAGAUGCGAUAUCUUUUAAAUGAUUCAUUUUUCUGAAUCAAAAGUUAGUACAAUACCAAAACUCUUGAGAGAUUCAUCAGUUAUUUUUUUCAGUUUUGUCUAAUGAAAAUGGAAGUAGGCAAGAGGAUGGAGAUGUUAGAGAGGAAGUCGUCGAUAGAGACAGAGCCCAUGACAUUGCAUCUCGAUCAAAUAGAACAUGCUCGAGAGGAGGCAUUGUUUGUGAUGAAAACAAAGACAUUUCAAGAAGCUAUGGAUAUUUUCACAAAGGAGUCGCAAGAGGGGUCAAGGGCUGAUGAGGAGAAAAGAGGAAGAUGUUUAGAUUUGAAGGAUUAUGAUGAUGAAGACGAGAGACUAAUCUUUCUAGAUCCUAUUGGUUGGGACAUUGUUUCAGCUCCUUUUUAAUUAUCCAAAAAACGUUUUUUUUUUUGCUAUGUUUAGUUUCAUCUCUUUAUUAGUUUUCAUCUACUCUUAAAUAUUUCUUGUAAAUAUUUGUAUACUUGAAGAUGUUUUGUUGAUGUAUACACUGUAAAUUUUACAAUCUUUUUCUAUUUGAGCACAAUCAUCAUGUUGUGGAAUUGAAAAACCAAGAUCAUCUGGUGCUUAAUUAAUCUGUUUGUUAAAAAUCUAGAUCAUUUAUAAUGAAGUUAUUUCAUUACAAGUGACACAUGUUUUGUAAUGAAAACCUACGUUGCACGGAAGCUUCAUCGGACGUCCGCUUCCCGCUUCGGAACAGGAAUCGGAAUCGGAACCUUGUGGAAGCUUGCGGAAUCUCGCUUCCAAAACGCUUCUAAAAUAUUCUCUUUAAAAACAUGUUGGAAGCUUAUGAUUCCGUUUUGGCAUCACGCUUCUGUUUUUUUUUUAAAUACAAUGUAUAUCAAUAAAAUAUAAAACCAUAGUUUUAAUCUAUAUAAAAUAAAAA